AUGAAUAAUAAUAAUAAUAAUAAAUCCACCAUUUCUCCCUAUCUCUGCACGCGCACUUUUCCAAACGAUUAUUAUUAUUUAAAAAAAAAAACUAAUAAAUUAAAAUUUUUUUUUUUUUUUUUUUCUAUUUCAGAUCCAUUGAAAAGACUGAAUUUAUUAUUUAACAGUAAAAAAUCAAAUCCCGUAUGGGAUUAUUUUCAAUUGGACGGAGAUAAAGCCAUAUGCAGAUUGUGUAACAAAAGGUUGGCAUAUAAGAAUCACAUGUAUUUAACAUCGUUAUCAAAUCAUUUGGCAUCGAAAAGGUAUGGUCAUCGUCAACACUACAUGGAAUACGUGACGAAAAAAAACGAAUUGAUAAGGGAAACUGAUAUGUUUAAUAAUAUCAUACUUAAAAUGGGUAACAGGACUUUCGAUUCCUCGGAUUUUUACAAUUUUAAAUACAUGUAUAAAAAUUUCAUAUGCGACAAAUGA